AGAAAGUGCGAUGACUGCCGCCGUCAUCAUUCCCUAUGGUACGGAGGUACCACUCUUAACAAUACCAACGUCUACAUUGGCUCUUCCCUCGCACAUGGCCGCGGCUGAGGCUCCGCUGACGCUCAGAUUGAGAGUGUGAGUGGUGACCAAAUCCACGGUAUCUUCGAAUGCGGACUGGAGCAGUUGAUGAGAGUGACCUGUUCUCUGCUCUUCCUGUUCCACGGAAUGAUACCGAGGCAGGACCGGCCAACACUGCGAUUGUGAUUCCGUCAGAGGUAAGUGACAUUUCUGGUUCUGUGCCUUCACGAUAUAGUCUGUCCGGGAUCUAGCGAGCCUUGCAAACAACAUCUUACCAAGUGGAAGACAUCUUUUGUUGAGCCCCAGCACUACUCACGACUGGAACGCAUAUUUCUACCGCAAGGAGAUUCGAAGCUAUCUCACAUUGCUCAAUCAUCACAAUGGACGCAGUCAUCUUCAAUGGUCCCUUCAAGAUCGACGUUGAGAAGCGCCCGAAGCCAACAUUGCUCGAACCUACCGAUGCAAUCGUCAAGGUAACCGUCGCCGGCGUUUGCGGCUCAGAGCUACACAUGUAUCGAGGUCAUCAAAAAACCGCUACAGGCCAUAUAAUGGGGCACGAGUUUGUAGGAUAUGUCGAAGAGAUUGGCUUGUCCGUAACCAAUUACAAGAUCGGCCAGAAAGUGGUCUGCACAUUCUCGCCUGUUUGUCUGUCUUGUUUCUUCUGCAAGAACGGAUACACCAAUCGCUGUCCAGUAGGAACAGCGCCGUUCGGCACACAGGGUCUGGCGGGUGGCCAAGCAGACUACGUCCGCGUGCCAUAUGCUGAUGGCACCCUUCAACCUGCUCCUGAGACGGUGCCCGAAGACCUUUUGAUCAUGAUGUCCGAUAUCUUCCCUACCGGCUACUAUGGAGCAAUGCGAGCAAUCGAAUAUUUCGCCCCAACAUCAUCAUCAUCCGGCGAACUGAACGGCGACUCUGGAACUCACGCUGCUCUCUCCUUGAAGAUGCAGACUUUAGACAAAGCCAUCUUCGUUUGUCUUGGUUGUGGUCCGGUCGGCCUCUGCGCUAUCCUCACAGCUCGCUCCAAGGGUGUAAGGACGAUAUAUGUGGUGGACAGCGUUGAUGACCGACUCGAGCAAGCAGCCAAGCUUGGUGGUAUCCCCUUGAAACUGGGCCGAGAUGAUAUACCAGCUAUUAUCAAAGAAGCCACAGGUGGGCGCGGAGCAGACGCCGUUAUCGAGGUUGUUGGCAACACUACUGCUAUGAGAUCAGCAUUUGAUCUCCUCCGCCCUGCCGGCGUAUUAUCGUCGUUGGGUUUCCACCAGGGUGACCUCCCCUUUACGGCUCUGGAGUGCUAUCAAAAGAACUUGAACAUUAAUCUGGGGCGGGCUCCAGUACGGACAGUGUACGACGAAGCACUCGAGGUGGUUGUCGCAAACAAAGACAAACUGUCCGGUAUGAUAACGCAUCGAUUACCCCUGUCUCAAGCAGCACACGGAUACGACAUCUUCGAGAAACAGCAGGCUCGGAAGGUCAUCUUGAUACCAGGACAAUGACCGUCGAUCCCUCGUGUCUGAGUGGAAUCUUGCAUGUAUACUUAGCCAUUAUUAGAGUCUAGACGUAACUUGUACCAUGUGCAUAGAAUUCGGAUUUUGUCCGACAGCCUCUCUGCCAUCCCACUCAAGUUCCAUACAAAGCCCUUUAGGUCAGCAAGCAUGGAACUAUUGGC